AUGGGAACCGGGCCCACUAUUGGAGUGAACGAACCCAUCUGCCAUCCAUAUCCGAGGCUCAUCAUUCGAGACAGUCGGGAGCAAGCCUCUGCAUACGUUGCGGAUUACAUUAUUGACCGCAUCAACGCCUUCAAGCCAACUCCCGAGAGACCUUUUGUGCUUGGUCUCCCUACCGGCAGCAGCCCCGUCCUUGUAUACGAGAAGCUGGUUCGGCGCCAUAAGCAAGGCGACGUCUCUUUUCGCAAUGUGGUCACCUUCAAUAUGGACGAGUACGUCGGGAUCCCGCGCGAACACCCAGAGUCCUACCACAGCUUCAUGUACAAGCACUUCUUCGACCAUGUAGAUGUCCAGCCUGCAAAUAUCAACAUCCUCAAUGGCAAUGCCCCCGACCUAGAAGCCGAAUGCGACGCGUAUGAAGAGAAGAUCAAGAAAGUCGGUGGCAUUGAGUUGUUCUUGGGGGGCAUCGGUCCCGAUGGCCACCUUGCCUUUAAUGAGCCUGGGUCCAGUCUCAAGUCACGCACUCGCGUCAAGACAUUGGCUUACGACACCAUCAUUGCCAACUCCCGCUUCUUUGGCAACGAUCUCUCCAAGGUCCCCAGGAUGGCCUUGACGGUUGGCAUCCAGACUGUUCUGGAGGCCCGCGAGGUCGUCAUCAUUGUGACUGGUGCCCACAAGGCAGUGGCUCUCCAAAAGUCGAUUGAGUGUGGUGUCAACCACAUGUGGACGCUGUCGAGCUUGCAGCUCCACCGACACCCAAUGAUCGUAGUAGACGAGGAUGCCACUCUGGAGCUCCAGGUCAAAACCGUCAAGUACUUCCAGAGCAUCGAGAAAGUCAUAGACGGCGUUGGCCUGGCCCAGAAGAUGCCGCAAAAGCGGGAUUCUGUCGUGGAAGACCAGGUUUCUCUGACUCGCCAGGUUCAAGUCAACGGUGAAGGCCAAAGUGGCGAGGAAAGGGAAAAAGAAAGCAAUCUUCAAACCGCCGCCGAUCCAGCCCUCUCAAUUCCCACUGCCAGCGCUGUGGACGGUCCCUCGAAACAAGGACGCAGUGGCAUCCACGAGCUGUUUACGGCAGUGCUGGCUUCCGAUAUCCAGGAGCCCAUCUUUGACGCAAUGCAUACUCGCAUUGAUCCGCACCAGUACGAUGGCGUCGACGUGCCUACUCUUCCCGACGAUCCGAUGAUCGAGAGCAUGUCCGCUCGCGUUGAGCGUCUCAGGCGCGAGUCGCAAGUGGAGCUUCAACGGAAUUCAUCGUAGGCCUGCACGCAGGCUUCCACCUAUCUUUUCUAUCCAGGUCCGUGGAAAAUUGAAGUGUCUCUGGAAGUCCGGAGUCUGUAUUUGGUUUUCGGGAGUCGUCCGAAUUUACCACAUUCGUUUAGGUCUGUGAGUAGUAGGUCGGUGGAGAGCUACCGCUUAAAAUGUGGGUAUACUGUCGUCUCGCUUUUUCAACGAGAUAUUGUUAUUGGUGCAACGUAGACAACUAGAGGAGAUGCGAUCACGCUGUCAUGAUUUUGAGAUACCCCUUUGUUGCAUGCGCCAGUUGUGGCACCCAUUGUUGUUGUAAAAUAAUGUAUAUAUCAUCC